CAUCGCAUCUAAAGGAAAAAGCUUACUAAGCCCCACGGACCGAAAGAUUUUGUGAGCGCAUCAGCCGAGAGCUGGUCCAUCUGAAGUUAGGGAAGGACGCUUACAGAUCGUCUCUUCGAUUGCAAGAGGACGCCUGAGAGGGGCUGAAGAAAAGUUGCCUUCAUUUUUUUCUGGAGCAGAGUGGUUGGAAGUCUUCUGAGAGCAGAGUCAUGUACAGCAAUGGAGACAUGUUCUGGUCAAGAGUGGGGCUUCUCUUAGCAGUGCUGGGUUUUAUGUGUGUGUUACCUGUAUGGACAGUUCACCCCUCUGGUGGCCUCUGUGUGUCCCUGGAGACAUUGAGAGAGAAACUCAGCUCCAGCCUCAGGAGACGCUACAUGAAACAAAAUUUUCCCAUUAACUACACUGUCAAAGUGCGCUAUGAGGAGGUCUUCAGGCUACACAACAUCAGCCGCCUGCAACAGGAGGAAGGUGUAUUGACCAGUGAUCUGCAGGAUCUGUGGCUGAUGGUAAAUCAGGAGGUUGUGAAGAAGGUUUUGAGGGUGCUGCCCGAGAGGCACCCCACCCGCCACAGGUACCUGACUGAACUGGAGAAACUCUUCAGAAUGUUCCAGCAGAACUACGAUGCAGAGGUGAAGAAAGACACAGAUGAAGAGAGAGAACUCCCAGUCAGAAUCCAGAACAUCUGGGAUCGAUUGAGUGACCGUGAUUACAAAGGUUGGAGAUCGGUGACACCCAAAUCCUUACUGGACAACUGUUACCGAACCAUGCACUGCCUCUUCCAACAACAGUGCUUCCGUGAUCAGGAAGGGGAAUAUGAUUAUUGCAGCAUCCUUCAUUGGAGAAAAGGGAAGAGAGAAAUAUACCAUUCAACAACGCAGCAGCCCACCACACAAACAUUACCCACCCAAGAACCUCAGCCAACCUGAAGUUAGUAUUGGCAGCGAGCAUCCAAUGGGUGUACUUCUCGAUGUACAGCCCAAGCCGAGCAUGUGUCUGCGCCUGUUUUGUGAAGUCAGUUUGGUUGCAGCAAAAAAAAAAAAAACAACCAACAACAAAAAACAACAACAACCAAAAAAACAACAA